CCGGACGCCUACUUGUUUUGUGCGCGUGGUUGUAGCUCCGUCACUCUUGCCUCCUUUGCUCGCUCGCUUGCUGCCGCUAUACAGAAGGGACUGAAGGUGCCUAGCCAUGGAUAAUAAGGCAUUCGACGAUUCUGAUACUGACAUUGCAACUGAAAACGAGAAGAAUGUCGAAAAUGUUGGAAAGGAUGAACCAAGUGAAGUAAAUGAUAUAAAUGACAAGAAAGAGGAACUGGAAGAAAUGACGAAUGACGAGAAGGAAAGGGAAAGGAAGAAGAAAAUCAGCGCUGAAAUGGAGGAAAAAGUAGAAAUAUAUGAUAAAUUAGUGAUGCACGAAACACCUGUGACAGAUUCAAUAACACCUGUCGAGGAAACGAUCCCCAACCCACCACCGAGACACAGAACACGAAGCAAGGCCAGUGUAGAGACCAAAGCAGAUGGAGACACGCACGGCGGAGUACACAGGGAGAGGAAACAAGACACAAUGGAAAACCAGAAAUGCAAAGAAGAGGAAGCCACACAAAUGAACACACCGGAAACUGACACGCGUAACCGGGGAAAGAAAACGAACCCACCAAAACCUGAUAAUGGAGAAAUUAAACUAACAGUGAAUGAGAAUGGGAAGAAAGUGGAGGCGAGCGAUAUAGAAAAGAGUGAAUCAUCUGUGAGGCUCAAGCAGGAACUGGGUCUUCUUAACUGCGUGGGAUUAAUUGUGGGCAACAUCAUAGGCACCGGGAUCUUCGUGUCGCCAAGAGCAGUGGUUCAAUACACAGGAUCCGUCGGAAUGUCCCUUAUUGUCUGGCUGAUCUCCGGCAUUAUGUCCAUUGUCGGCGCCCUGUGCUACGCUGAGCUAGGUACAAUGAUUCCUCAGAGUGGCGGCAAUUACACAUACCUUCACGAGGCGUACGGACCGUUGCCUGCUUUCAUCUUGCUGUGGAUGACGGUCACCAUCUCCAUUCCGGGCAGCAGGGCGGUGGCGGCUCUUAGCUUCGCCAACUACGUAGUGCAACCUUUCUUCCCCAAUGAACAGACGCCGCCACAGUCAGCCCUGCGCAUCAUUGGGAUUUUGCUUAUUCUGCUUCUCACCUACGUCAACGCCAAGAGAGUGCGUUGGGCCACCAGAGUGCAGGACUGUCUGGCUCUAACGAAGGUACUUGCCCUCAUCAUGAUCAUCGUGGUCGGAUUCUUUCACCUGUUCCGAGGCACCACCGACAACUUCAAGGACCCGAUGGAAGGCACCUCCUCCAGCAUCUCCCUGGUGGUCACUGCCUUCUACCACACACUCUACGCUUAUGAAGGCUGGGACAGUCUCAACGGUAUCAUGGAGGAGCUGAAGGACCCAUUCAAAAACAUGCCCCGAGCCAUCGCCAUCUCUGUCACCACGGUCAUAAUAAUCUACAUGCUCACCAACGUCGCUUACUUCGCCGUGCUGCCCAAGGACCUGCUGAUCGCCUCGCCCGCCGUGGCUGUGACCUUCGGCAACCUGGCUCUCGGGGUGAUGGCGUGGACUAUUCCAGUGUUCGUGGCCUGUUCAAUCAGCGGUGGUCUAAACGGCAGCAUCUUCGCCACGUCCAGACUGAUUUUUGUGGGUUCACGCCGAGGUCACCUGCCUGGCGCUUUGUCCUUCGUGCAAGUGGACAACAACACACCUGUCAUCUCCCUUUUCUUCUGUGCGGUGCUGUCUAUGCUGAUGUUCGUGACGUCAGAUGUUCGAGUCUUGAUUAACUACAUCUCCUUCUCCGGGAACCUGCUGGCGCUGGUGUGUAUGAGUACCUUCUUCUGGUUCCGGAUCAAGAACCCCGACCUGCCGCGGCCCAUCAAGGUAUGGAUCGGCUUUCCCAUCAUCUUCAUCAUCCUCUCCUUCUUCCUGUGUGUCAUGCCGGUGAUAAGGAACCCUCUGGAGGUGGUGGUUGCCCUUCUUGUCAUCGGGACGGGCCUUCCUGUCUAUUAUUUCCUCGUGCGCAGUGAAGUCAAGCCACAGCGCCUCGUCACUGCUAUGGACAAGGUCACCUACGUGUGCCAGUUGUUCUUCAAGGCUGUACCUGAGGAGCAAGCCAGUUAAACCAUCGCAGCAACGGCCUCACACACUCGGCCCUCACACAUUCGGCCCCUCGUGCUGGCAGUCAUUCCCUCCCUUGUUCACCCAAUCACCUCCCUCCGUCCUUCCCUCCCUGCACCCACCAGGCUCCCAUCAUCUUCCCUCCGGUAACAUAAACGCCAUUCUCGGAUCACCUCAACUUUCCUUCAGUGUCCCCAGAAUUACCUCCAUUUUCUUAACUUUCGUGUCCGUUUUCUCUUUCCUUGAGUCUUUUCACCUAUUUCUUCUAAAACCUUUCCUUUUCUACUUUAUCAAGUCAUCUGUAAGUUUAUUUAUAUAUUUCUGAAAGCUUUUAUUUGAAGUAGACCAAAGUAAAUGAUGACUAAGAUAAGGAAAUUAAGGAACACAGUGAAUGAGAAGCUGUAUGCAGCCUGACAUCUAGUGGCCUGGUCACCAACUAGACGAUAUGGGCGGUGAGCUGCCAUGUAGGGAUAUUAUCGUUAGAAUUUAGAGGCCUUCUAGGCUUCUCCAUUGCUCCGUCCCUCCAUUCAGAUGCCUCCUUCCCCCUGCUAUUAACACUACCCUCCACACACACACACACACACACACACACACACACACACACACACA